CCCAACUGGAGCACUUGUUCUUUAUUUAGAAACACUUCCCAGGGCACUUGUCGGCGAGGAAUGGUGAUAAUAAAGGAUCUCAGAAAUUACAUGGGAGUCAAGUUAAAUUCGCUUCUCUGAUAACAGUUGUCAUGGUAUAAAGUAACCAUUAUAUGCUGGAGUCGAUCACUUAACUAGUAUACAAGAUGGAUAACUCAGACGAUUACAUUAAAUCGGCUGUUGAAAGUGAAAUUACUCGAAUGUUGGCAAAAAAUGCUAUGUCCACAGUUAAAAGUACUAUCAGAAAUAACCAGCCUAAAAUUAAACAAGAACCUCUAGAUGAAGAUGAGAUAGGGGAAGACCCAAAUAGUCACGGAAUUAAAAUUGAAAAAAUGGAUGAGGAUGAAGAUAAUUUAGAUGGAAUAAGUAUACAAACUGAGCAGAGAACUAAAACGGGGCCAAAUUCUAGCAAGUACUCUGUCAAAGUCGUCACAAAAUACAUGUGUCGUUAUUGUGCGAGGCAGUUCGAUUCUCCCGAUGAAAUGCAGGAACACAUUGCUUCACAUGCACGUGGAAAAUCAAACCAAUGUCACUCCUGUUAUGUUUGUUCAAAGACCUACUCAACUCCAUCAAAACUUCAGCGCCAUGUGCGUGUUCAUAGUGGUGAGCGUCCGUAUGCUUGUAACAUUUGUGGUAGACGGUUCACACGCUCUGAUCAUGUCAAACAACAUUUAAAAGUUCACAUGCCACAGAAACAGAGAAACCAGUGUCGUCUUUGUAGUCAGAAGUUUCUCCGUAGACAAACCCUCCAUUCUCAUCUUCAACAGUCACAUGGUGUGUCCACGGUCUAUACCUGCCACAGAUGCGGUGAAGCAUUUGACGAAAUAACCAAACUUCAUGCUCAUAAAAAUCUACACAUCUCCAUCUAUGGGAAAAAUGAAGGGCCUGCUGUAGAAGGUGGAAUGGUUAUUAAACAGGAACCGGGAGAGAAUGGUGACCAAACUACACCCAUGAUUGGUUUGGCUAAAUUCAGUCUUGGUCCCCAACCUGCACCGGAUGACUUACUCAAAGUAGUGAAUGCAGCCCAAGGUGGAAACAAUAGCUAUACUAAUAAAAUGGAUGGAUUCUCAGUGUCAGAUGAAACACACAGGUUGGCAGUGGCCCUCCCAAAACAAGGAUCACAGAUGGAGAAACCACAAAUAGCCACAUACAGCUAUCCCAUAAAAUAUGCCCGAUCUCCUCCGCCACAGGAAAUGCAGGAAGAGAAUUACCAGGCAGAUACCGGGGGCACCUUGUCAGAUGGAAUGAACAUGUUUAUCCUCCCAUCUCAUAUUAAAAAGGAACCAGAAAGUCCCGAAUACAGUAUGGAUUACUCCUACAAGGCAGACGAUACUAAUUCAUCUUACGUUGACGAUAUUGCUGGGGAAAAUCAAGAGCAGGAGGAUGAUGAUGAGUAUGAUGAGGAUCAAGAUGACUCGAAAACAGAGAAUCUUGGUGAAAAUGCAGUUCAGAAUUUGUUAACAGGGCCUCCAGCGGAAAAUAAAGGUAUUAAAAUGAAACUGUUCGGUCCUGCUAGUUAUAAAGCUGCAAUGAGAAAUAAAAUAGCAAUGAAAAUACCUACUCCUCGGCUGAGACAAAUGCAGAAUCCCAUGAUACGGAGUGCCACCAUGGCUUCAAAAACGGACAACAUCAAAAGUAAUCUAGAAGCCAAAAAUUUUUCUCCGUACAUAGUUGGGACGGCCAGCCUUGGACCAGGCCAAACUGUGUCUCCAGUCCAAGAAACAAUCUCUAAAGAAAAGGAGAAGAAGUUAAGUAAAUGUGAGCAUUGUUGUAUUUGGUUUGAGGAUUAUACCAUGUGUUUGUUACACAACUCGCUCCACUCUGCUGACGACACCGACCCAUUCACAUGCAGAAAAUGUAUGAAAAAACUCGGCAACCGUUUAGAAUUCACUGCACAUCUAGUGUGGCAUCUUGAACCAGAUAUGGACAGUUAAAAGUGUGGCGUCUUCAGCCAGAUUAUUGACAGUAAAAAUGUGGCAUCUAGCCAGACAUGGACAGUUAAAAGUGUGGCAUCUAUAGCCACACAUGUACAGUUAAAAGAGUGGCAUCUUAAGCUAAAUCAAGCCAAAAGCAUUUAAAUACAAAUACUUUGAUUUAUAUUGUAUAUGUUUGGUGUUUUAUUCAAAAUGAUAUAUUUGUAUAUUUAUCAUGUACUUUUGUUCUGGUAUAUGAUCCUGUAUGUAAUUUAAUCAAAUGUAUUACAUGUAUGUCUAGUGCAUGUGCAAUACUUAUCUAGAUUAAUUUUGUUAAUUCAAUAUUUGUACAGAACUUUUGAAUGAAAUUAUUUAUCUUGUAAUUUUUUACUCUCUUCAUUGAAUUGUUAUCAAUGGUUAUGGAAUAAUAACUUAUAUCAAUUGCAAGAGGUUAACAUAUUUCCUUAAACAAAAAGCAAGUAUCUGCACAAAAUAUCAUGGUCGAUAUAUCUUAAGGUGGUACCCAACACCUUGACUAAAAUUAAUUUGUUUUGUUAAAUUUUCAUAAAAUAAGGUCUGUGUGAUAUUUUUUUUUUUACAUUCGAGGACCAUAGACCAUGUAGACAGACGAUAAACUAAAUAGUCUGCAAAUUGUUAAAAAUACAAGGACUUUAAAGCUACAGUUCUUCAGCUACUGUACAUGGACCUACCUAAGAUUAAAAUCAUUUAAUAAUAAUACUACUAAUAAUAAAUUUUUUAUUUAAAGAGGGAAAACACAGUUAGUUACAAUUUCUAUUGGUCACAGAUUUUAUAUGCUACUUGUUGACUUUUAUUUAUUUUUAUAUAUAUAUUGUUGGCUUAAUGUAUUGACCAUGUUGAUUGUUAAACAGAAUAGUAAAUUUAAUAAACUUUUUUGUUGUAAAAAUGGGAUGUAAAUGUAAAUUUUGUGGGACAUAUUGUGUAGUAACUGUUAUUAAUUACUGCAAUUUUUUUAAAUUUUUUAAACUUAACAAUAGAGAAUUCAAAUAUUGUGUACAACAGCUAUUAAUUGUUAUAUUGAUUCUUCAAAAGAACAUGGAAGAGCUUAAAGAUGAUUCACAAAAGAUUUUAUAUAAUUUGAAAAAAUUAACACCUUUAAAACCAAUUGUCUGGUUUAUUUUGCAGAUUCUGGUGACUUGCUGCUAUCUUUAAACUUGGCGUAAGAAAACACAAUAUGUACAUUUUUGAGUUAUGUUUUUUUCUGUACCUAUGUUCUACAUUUUUGAUGAGCACUGUACUUUAAAGAUUAUACAAAAAGAAAAAGAUACUUCUUUCUUUGUUAUCUAGAUUUAUUUUUACAUGCAGGUCAUAACAGACUCAGUUAUUAUAAAAAAUAACCAUAGUAACUGUAGUUUUGUCAAUACAUAUUUCCAUAGUAACUCAAACUGUUUUGUGAUAAUUGGACAUUGUGAUUUUUUAUCAAUUUUUUUAUGCAGUGUAGAAAUAAAGCACAAGAAUCUGACUUUUUUUUAAAUGUUUAAUCGAAAAUAUAUUGUGUCAAAACUUAUCAUGCUUAAUAUAUUGGAUUAGGAAAAUUCAACUUAUGAAUCAAAUUAUCUCCCUUUGAUGUAUAAAAAUCUUCUUUUGUGAUUGGAAUGUUAAAUCAAUUUAAUUUUCUUUCAGCAUUUAGAUAAAUAUCAUGGUCUCUGGUGGUCUCUGGUGGUCUCAUAUAAAUACCACAUCAUAUUUCAUCCCAGACCUUUAUGAUUUUAAAAAGCUAAACAUUGUCGAAAACUUGCAUUAUAAAUCUUGUUAUGGGCAGGUCCAGGGUUUGACCAAAGGAAGGAGUUGUAAUGGUUUAUGCAAUGUAAUUAUAAAGAUAUUGCUGACUGUAGUAAGGCAAAAAAAAAUAUUUACAAGUUUAAUGCCAAAAAGGUAUAUCUUUUCUGAUUGAAUGGGUGAAGUGAUAUUGGUUUAGAUUGGUUUCAAUGUAAAUUAAUCAAAUCUGUUAAAAAAUUUAGAGAAAAAUAUAAAAGACAAAAACAAAAAAGAGAAUAGAAUAGAAAUUGGUGGAGAACUAAAAUCUCAAAAUAGAAAAUAAUCAUGAUAAUGGACAAAACUGAUAAAGCAUAUGAAAAAUAAUUUAAAAACUAAUUAUGAAUUAAGAAAUGAGGGACCCUUCAUCCCAGACCUUUAUUUAUAAUCACUGAUAAUUUGAAGUUAAAUUGAUUGUCUCUAUCGUCACUACCAAAUACAGAUACAAAAAUGUUAUAUGAUUGAAUUUUACAUGGUGCUCUCAUCAAAUUUGGUAAAAGAUGAGAACUGGAAAAAAUUGUAUUACUGUAGGAUCUCUACUAUACAAAGAGAGAUAACUCUAACUUAAUAUUUUACUUUAUAUGAAUGCAUAAACAAAUUGCAGCUUUAUUUCAUAAUAUAAAUAUGUUAAUAAUUUUAUUAUUGUUGUUGAAUCAAAUGUCCUUGUUUGAUGUUUUAAGGAUAGGCAUAUAAAGGAGCAACCAGGCAGUUGUAGGAAUAUGUUAAAAAGUAUUGUUGUAUUUUAUAUUUGUAUAGGAAAUUCACUUUAGGAAUAUGUUAACACUUGUGUUGUUGUAUUUUAUACUUGUAUAGGAAAUUGACUUUAGAGUGCUGCUUUUUUGGCUUUAUCUAUUUUCUUUUUCAAAAAUAAAUUGCAAUAUUAUGUA